GAUAAAAAUUGGGGAGCGCCUCUAUUUUUAUCUGGAAAUUCUAACCCAUAUAAAAAAACUAGAACCCGACAUUUCCCCCAAAGUUUCGAAAUUAGGGUUUCGGAUUUAGCAAUGGACACCAGGAAAUUCCAAGCAAAAGACCUCCUGAAAGAGAAGAAGUUCUGGAUCGCCUCUUUGCUAAUCGCAUGGGCCGCCGGUCUCCAGGGACACAUGAUGUGGUUGAAAAGGCAGGAUUCAUUCAAGCAGAAAUUCGGAAAUGUUGGCGAUGGAGUAGAAGAAAAUCUGCUCAAAGGGACAAUGGGAAGAUUCUAGUCACCCGAACUCUCUCCCGAGCUUUCAGACCAAUCUUCUUAUAGACAUCCACAGACACUGAACAAUAACAGAAGUCUAUGAGAAGGUCUGGUAUCCGUGGUAUGGUCUAAGAGACAAUAGGGUAGAAAUAUGUGUUGCACUCUUACUUCAUCAUGUUAAAUAUUCUGUCUUUCGUAGGAAAAUAUUGAGCAAGAGCAACACAGUCAUUCGUGGCUUCGUACUCUCAUUAGGACUUCAACUUAUCUUUUAUCGGUGUGUGAAGAUCUAAUGAGACGAUUCUUUAUCGAAAUGGUUGUCAAUACAGUUCAAUUUAAUUAUGUUGUGUGCCUAUCUUUUGAAUCUUCCAUUUCAAAUCACUCCAGUGUUUCAUUUAGACUUUGGAGGAGACAAAGAAGGGAUCAAUCAUUCUGGACAGUGCUCAAUGAAUUCAUACACAUACAAUGAAUUAAAACAAAAUCGUGUAAAUUAAAAAUAUGUGCUAGAAAUUAGAAUAAACGAAAAGCAUAUUACAAACCGUAAAAAGCAAAGGCUUACUUGAAUCAGUAGAAGUAUGAACCCUAAGAAUGGAUGGGAACUCAUGCCCCUUACUAAAACAAAUGAAUACAGAUAUGAUCGGCUACUAUAAUGCAUUAAAUUAGGUUUUUGUAAUGACAUAAUGCAUUAUAAUAUUUUUAACCAGACAAUUUGAUGUAGAAGAAUCAAUUUGAUAUGAAAGAAUCAAAUAUCAAAAAGGUAAAUCUUCAAAAGAUUAAAGUUCAUUUAACCACUUAGUUACAUAUCUGUUUCUUGUUAGUCUCAAAUAAUUACAAAAUAUUUCUCUUUCUUUCAGUAAAAAAAAGUGUCAAUGGAAGAUUUGAACCCACAUCCAUAUGUAAAUGCAUCACACAAAGGAGUGGAGUGCAGUAUUUGUGAUACAAAAUGCAUGGUGUGAAAAAUAGUCAUAAAAAAUGGUGUAAUUAGCUAUAACUUAAUAAUAACUAAUAAGCUGCAAACCCCCAUAAGUUAAGAAUAAACUCCCAACCUACACAAAUAUUACCAAUGACAAGAAAUUAAAACCUCUAAAAUAUUCUGGAAAAAAUAAUUCAAGAACGAGAACCACAAUAUCGAGCUAUAUUCAAAUCGCAUAGAAAUUAUGCAAAUCUGUGCAAAAAUGGACAUAAAAAGGGAUCACAAUUAUGAAAAAUUUUCAAUAUGCAAAUUGCAUACCUGAUGAAGAAAUUGAACUCAUGUGUGGUCUUCUGCUAGGACACUAUUAAGAGUGGUGCGUAUGAAAUUAGGGCGAGGAACACACCAAUGAGUGAUUAAACCCUCCAUGACCGCCGCUGGAGAAACAAAAAUCACGUUGAGAUUGUGGAAAG